ACGUGGACAGCCUGCUGGACGGCUUAAAUUCCUUGGUUCUUGAUUUGGAUUUUCCAGCCUUGAGGAAAAAUAAGAAUAUAGAUAAUUUCUUAAAUAGAUAUGAGAAAGUUGUGAAAAAAGUCCGAGGCCUGCAGAUGAAGGCGGAAGACUAUGACGUUGUGAAAGUCAUCGGGAGAGGAGCUUUUGGUGAAGUGCAGUUGGUUCGUCAUAAGGCAUCACAGAAUGUGUAUGCUAUGAAGCUGCUUAGUAAGUUUGAAAUGAUCAAAAGAUCAGAUGCUGCUUUUUUCUGGGAAGAGAGAGAUAUUAUGGCCUUUGCCAGUAGUCCCUGGGUGGUUGAGCUCUUCUGCGCCUUCCAAGAUGAUAAGUAUCUAUACAUGGUCAUGGAAUACAUGCCUGGUGGGGACCUUGUAAACCUGAUGAGUAACUACGACGUGCCUGAGAAGUGGGCCAAGUUCUAUACUGCAGAAGUGGUUCUGGCUCUGGAUGUGAUUCACUCCAUGGGCCUGAUCCACAGGGACGUCAAGCCGGACAACAUGCUGCUGGAUAGGCAUGGGCACCUGAAGCUGGCAGACUUUGGCACCUGUAUGAAAAUGGAUGAGACAGGCAUGGUGCACUGUGACACAGCGGUCGGAACCCCGGACUACAUAUCACCUGAGGUUCUGAAAUCGCAAGGGGGCGACGGUUAUUACGGACGAGAGUGUGACUGGUGGUCUGUUGGGGUUUUCCUUUUUGAAAUGCUAGUGGGAGAUACUCCGUUUUAUGCAGAUUCACUUGUAGGAACUUACAGCAAAAUUAUGGAUCAUAAAAAUUCAUUAUCUAUACCUGAAGAUGCUGAAAUUUCUAAACACGCGAAGAAUCUCAUCUGUGCCUUCUUAACAGAAAGGGAGGUACGCCUUGGGAGAAAUGGGGUAGAAGAAAUCAAACAGCAUCCUUUCUUUAAGAAUGAUCAAUGGAAUUGGGAUAACAUAAGAGAGACGGCAGCUCCUGUAGUGCCUGAGCUCAGCAGUGACAUAGACAGCAGCAACUUUGAUGACAUUGAAGAUGAUAAAGGAGAUGUCGAAACCUUCCCGAUUCCUAAAGCUUUUGUGGGGAAUCAGCUGCCCUUUGUAGGGUUUACCUACUAUAGAGACAAUUUGUUGUUAAGCAGCUCUCCACCUUGCAGAGAAAGUGACUUGGUACAAUCAAGGAAAAAUGAAGAAAGUCAAGAGAUUCAGAAAAAAUUGUAUUGCUUAGAAGAACGCUUUAACAAUGAGCUACAAGCCAAAGAGGAGCUAGAGCAAAAGUGCAAAUCUGUUACUACUCGCCUAGAGAAAACAGCAAAGGAGCUAGAAGAGGAGAUUACCUUACGGAAAAAUGUGGAGUCAGCAUUAAGACAGCUAGAAAGAGAAAAGGCGCUUCUUCAGCACAAAAAUGCAGAGUAUCAGAGGAAAGCUGAUCACGAAGCAGACAAGAAACGAAAUUUGGAAAAUGAUGUCAACAGCUUAAAAGAUCAACUUGAAGAUUUGAAAAAAAGAAAUCAGAACUCCCAAAUAUCUACCGAGAAAGUAAACCAGCUGCAGAGACAGCUGGAUGAAACGAAUGCUCUGUUGCGAACAGAAUCUGACACCGCAGCCCGGUUGAGAAAGACUCAGGCGGAAAGUUCCAAACAGAUUCAGCAGCUGGAAUCCAACAACAGAGAUCUGCAAGAUAAAAACUGCCUGCUGGAGACUGCCAGGUUAAAACUGGAAAAGGAGUUUAUCAAUCUUCAGUCUGCUCUAGAGUCAGAAAGGAGAGACCGGACCCACGGAUCAGAGAUCAUCAGUGACUUACAAGGUAGGAUAUCUGGCCUAGAAGAAGAUUUAAAGAAUGGCAAAAUCUUACUAGCAAAAGUAGAACUGGAGAAGAGACAACUGCAGGAGAAGCUUACUGAUUUGGAAAAGGAAAAGAGCAACAUGGAAAUAGACAUGACAUACCAGCUCAAAGUUAUCCAGCAGAGCUUCGAGCAGGAGGAAGCUGAGCACAAGGCCACGAAAGCGCGGCUCGCGGAUAAAAACAAGAUCUAUGAAUCCAUUGAGGAAGCCAAAUCGGAAGCCAUGAAAGAAAUGGAAAAGAAGCUUUUGGAAGAAAGGGCUUUAAAACAGAAGGUGGAGAACGUGCUGCUGGAGUCGGAGAAGAAGUGCUCCAUGCUGGACUGUGACCUGAAGCAGGUGCAGCAGAAGCUGAACGAGCUCCUCAGGCAGAAGGACGCGCUCUGCGAGGAUGUUAGAAACUUGACACUAAAGAUAGAGCAGGAAACUCAGAAGCGGUGCCUCACGCAGAAUGACCUGAAGCUGCAGACGCAGCAGGUGAACACGCUGAAGAUGUCAGAGAAGCAGCUGAAGCAGGAGAACAACCACCUGGUGGGGAUGAAGCUGAGCCUGGAGAAGCAGAACACCGAGCUCCGAAAAGAGCGGCAGGAUGCGGAUGGCCAAAUGAAAGAGCUACAAGAUCAGCUUGAAGCAGAGCAGUAUUUCUCCACCCUCUAUAAAACCCAAGUUAGGGAACUUAAAGAAGAAUGCGAAGAAAAGUCCAAACUCUGUAAAGAAUUACAACAGAAGAAGCAAGAGCUCCAGGAUGAAAGGGACUCCUUGGCCGCCCAGCUGGAGAUCACCUUGACCAAGGCAGACUCAGAGCAGCUGGCUCGCUCCAUUGCGGAAGAGCAGUAUUCUGAUUUGGAAAAAGAGAAGAUCAUGAAAGAGCUGGAGAUCAAGGAGAUGAUGGCCAGACAUAAGCAGGAGCUCACUGAGAAGGACGCCACCAUUGCGUCGCUUGAAGAAACGAACAGAACACUAACUAGUGAUGUUGCCAAUCUUGCCAAUGAGAAAGAAGAAUUAAAUAACAAAUUGAAAGAUGCUCAAGAGCAACUGUCACGGCUGAAAGACGAGGAGAUAAGUGCUGCAGCUGUUAAAGCCCAGUUUGAGAAACAGCUGUUGACAGAAAGAACACUCAAGACUCAAGCUGUGAAUAAGUUGGCUGAGAUCAUGAAUCGAAAAGAACCUAUCAAGCGUGGCAGUGACACAGAUGUGCGAAGAAAAGAGAAGGAGAAUAGAAAGCUGCACAUGGAGCUUAAGUCUGAGCGUGAAAAAUUGACCCAGCAGAUGAUCAAGUACCAGAAGGAACUGAAUGAAAUGCAGGCCCAAAUAGCUGAGGAGAGCCAGAUUAGAAUCGAACUGCAGAUGACACUGGACAGCAAGGACAGCGACAUUGAGCAGCUACGGUCGCAGCUCCAGGCCCUGCACAUUGGCCUGGACAGCUCCAGCAUCGGCAGCGGACCAGGGGACGCGGAGGCUGAGGAUGGGUUUCCAGAGUCAAGGUUGGAAGGAUGGCUUUCAUUACCUGUGCGAAACAACACAAAGAAAUUUGGAUGGGUCAAGAAGUACGUGAUUGUGAGCAGUAAGAAGAUUCUUUUCUAUGACAGUGAACAAGAUAAAGAGCAGUCUAACCCUUACAUGGUCUUAGAUAUAGACAAAUUAUUUCAUGUCCGACCAGUUACACAGACUGAUGUCUAUAGAGCAGAUGUGAAAGAAAUUCCAAGGAUAUUCCAGAUCCUGUAUGCCAAUGAAGGAGAAAGCAAGAAGGAACAGGAGUUUCCAGUGGAGCCAGUAGGAGAGAAAUCGAAUUACAUCUGCCACAAAGGGCACGAGUUCAUCCCUACCCUGUACCACUUCCCGACCAACUGUGAGGCCUGCAUGAAGCCGCUGUGGCACAUGUUCAAGCCCCCUCCUGCUCUGGAGUGCCGCCGCUGCCACAUCAAGUGCCAUAAAGACCACUUGGACAGGAAGGAGGAGCUCAUAGCGCCAUGCAAAGUGUACUACGACAUAUCCACGGCGAAGAAUCUGCUGCUGCUCGCAAACUCCACGGAGGAGCAGCAGAGGUGGGUGAGCCGCCUGGUGAAGAAGAUCCCUAAGAAGCCCCCAGCACCCGACCCCUUUGCACGCUCAUCGCCCAGGACCUCCAUGAAGAUCCCGCAGAACCAGUCCAUCCGGCGGCCCAGCCGGCAGCUCGCCCCCAACAAGCCCAGCUAACUGCCUUCUAUGAAAGCAGUCAUCCCAGAUGACCUCGUUCUCCCAGG